AUGGUGGUGGCUUUCUUUCAAGGUCAUACUCUUCCUAAGGUUGUUACUCAUACAAAUAUUGUUCUGCUACCAAAUAAGGAGUUGGUUCAAAAUUACUCAGACUUAAGACCUCUAAUCAACAAGUUGAUGUCAAGAGUGGUGUAUGAUAGACUGGAAGCUGUGUUACCAGAGUUGAUCUCUAUUAACCAAGCAGGCUUUGUACAAGGGAGAAGAAUUAUUGAGAAUGCUCUCUUGGCACAAGAAAUUGUGACAGACAUCAGAAAGAGGGGCAAACCAGCAAAUGCAGUGAUUAAAUUGGACAUGGAAAAGGCCUAUAAUAGAGUAUCAUGGUCAUAUUUGAUAAAGGCCAAAGGAUUUUUCCAUUCAACCAGGGGUGUCAAACAAGGUUAUCCACUUUCAGCAAUAUUCUUCAUCUUAUCAGUAGAGAAUGAGUCUUUGAAGAGAAUUAUGAAGAUUCUGCAGGAUUCUGAGGCAAUAUCAGGCCAACUGAUCAAUAAAUACAAGAGUGCCUUUUAUAUGUAUCAGAAGAUUCCUGGUGUACUGUCUCAGCAGGUGGCGCAGAUUACAGGUUUUAAAAGGGACCAGUUUCCAUUGAAGUAUUUGGGAUGUCCUAUCUUUCAUGCAAGGAGGAAAAAGGUAUAUUCUAAUGAUCUUAUCAAGAGGGUAAAAAAUAAGCUGCAAAAUUGGAAAGGAAAAUUGCUCUCUUUUGGUGGAAAAGCAGUUCUCAUCAAUAGUGUGCUUCAUAGUAUUCCUAUAUAUAUGCUUUCAGCUAUUGUUCCCACAAAGUAUACUAUUAAUGAGCCUCAUACAAUCUUUGCAAGGUUUUAUUGGAGUACUAAAGAAGAGGUUAGAAGAAGACAUUGGUCCUCAUGGGACAAGGAAACGUCUCCAGACUUUCAGAUUGACACCAGCAUUAAAGAGGUGUCAUACUUCAUGAAUGCAGAAGGCUGGGAUGCACAGAGAUUGUAUGACAACCUGCCCAUUAAUGUUUGUAAUCAUGUCCUAGAAGAGCUGGGUAUAGUGAAGCAUUCAGAGGAGAUGGAUAAAGCCUGGUGGAUGGCUAGUACUAUAGGGAAAUUCACUAUAGGGAGUGCUUGGAAUUUUAUCAGGAAAAAGGCUCAAACAUCAGUACACUUUUCAAAAUUGUGGUUGAAAGGUGAAUUUGCAGCAGAAUUAUGGCAAUACUAUAAUGCUGCUGUGGGGAUAAUUGAUCCAAGGAUACAUAUUCAUCAGCCAAUAGUUCAAUGGGGGGUAUAUGCACGGUCCUACAAAGCUCAAGUCAGUUAUGCUGGCUGCACCAACAUUCAUAUGUUGGAAACUAUGGAAGAGAAGAAAUACUAUCAUGCAUGGGGGCAAUAUGAAUAA